AUGGCCAAAACAAAUGGCCCAUCGCUGUUUCGUCUGGGUAUCAUAAUCACGUUGGCAGGUGUCAUCUCUCUUGGAAUUAUGUUUUUCUGGUUCUCACCUUCAAAAAACUGUCCACUUCCAGUUUUUAUACCAGAUCGAAAUUCAGAAAUUAACUUUGCCAAGAGCAACAACUCCGUAACUGAAAAUGCAGAGGAGAAACCUAUAGUUCUGUUAUGGGUUUGGCCUGAAAAUGACAGGUUUGAGUUCGGUGACUGCAAAAAGUUUUGCGAUAUUGAUAAUUGUCAUCUGACGGAUGAUAGAGCUCUCUACAACGAUGCAGAUGAUGUCAUCGUUUUUCAUAAAGCCAUCAACUGGGAUCUGUCCAACCUUCCUCCAUCUCCUCGUCCUCCGUUCCAGAGGUGGAUUUGGUUACAUUUGGAAUCUCCAACCAACACCAAAAGGAUACCAGGUCUGGAAAACCUGUUCAAUCUCACUCUCAGCUACAGACAGGAUGCAGAUAUUCCUGUACGGAUGCGCUUGAUGACCAGGAAGAAACCUAAUGAGGAUUUUGUGAUUCCUAAAAAGGACAAACUGGUGUGUUGGAUUGUGAGUAACAAUGAUCCCUCAACUGGUGUCGACACAAGGAACGUUUUCUACAGAGAAUUCAGGAAAUACAUACAAGUGACUUUGUUCGGAAAAGCCUAUGCAAAGUUCCUGGAUUAUAAUGAUUACUAUCCAACCAUGGCAAGCUGCAAAUUUUACCUUGCUUUUGAAAACUCCAUUCACAAAGACUACAUCACUGAGAAGAUCAACGGGCCACUCGCUGUGGGGACCGUCCCUGUGGUGUUGGGUCCUCCGAGAAGAAACUAUGAGAACUUUGUUCCUGCCGAGUCCUUCAUUCAUGUCAAUGACUUCCCAGAUGCAAAGUCACUAGCUGAAUAUCUGCUUCAGCUGGACAAGGAUGAAGAUGCAUAUCACAAGUACUUUAACUGGAGGAAACAUCUCACUCCAAGUCCUCCCUUGAUAUUCCAGACACAAGAGUUUAAUCUGGCUAUAUGCACUGCUUGUGACCAUGUAGCACGACACAGGGAAUAUAAAGAAGCUCAUGAUCUCUAUGAGUGGUACUUCAAUUAAA